CCCUGGGCCGUCGGCACCGCCACGAUCGCAACGGGGCUGCAGCGGGGCCGGGGCCGGAGCGGAGCAGCGGCGGCAGGAGCGCGGCGCGGCGCGGCUGGGCUCGGCGGGCGCGCAGCGGCGGCGCCACGGACUUGCUCCCCCGGCCGAGGGGCAGGGCCGCCGCCUGCGAACCGAGCGGGCAGGGGCGGACAGGGUGAAAGACGGACAAACUCAACGACAAACAACCCCCGGCGUCUGCACCCGCCUGACUUUUUUUUUUUUUUUUAAUUAUUUCGAAAGAAGAAAUUUACAGUGUUUUUGGCAAUUUGUGCCGCGUGUGGAGUUGUUUUCUGCACACCCCUGACAAACAAAGGAAAAGGGGGAGGGGGACCGCGUUUCGCAGAAGACAUGCGUUCCGUCAGGAAGAGGUGGACUGUGUGCACGAUCAGUCUCCUCCUCAUCUUUUACAAGACGAAAGAAAUAGCGCGGACGGAGGAGCGCCAGGAGGCACCUCUCGCCGGAGAUGGUGAACUGAGUUUGAGUAGAUCAAUGAUCAAUAGCUCUGAUAAGAUAAUUCGAAAGGGUGGCUCCUCAAUCUUCCAGCAUGCUGUAGAAGGUUGGAAAAUCAAUACUUCUUUGGUACUGGAAAUAAGAAAGAACAUUCUUCGAUUCUUGGAUGCUGAACGAGAUGUCUCAGUGGUCAAAAGCAGCUUCAAGCCAGGAGACGUAAUCCAUUAUGUACUGGACAGACGUCGCACCCUAAACAUUUCUCAGGAUUUGCACAGCCUUCUCCCUGAAGUUUCCCCGAUGAAGAAUCGCCGAUUUAAAACCUGUGCAGUUGUUGGGAAUUCUGGCAUCCUUCUGGACAGCGGAUGUGGAAGAGAGAUUGAUAGCCAUGACUUUGUUAUAAGGUGCAAUCUAGCUCCUGUGGUGGAGUUUGCUGCCGAUGUGGGAACUAAAUCUGAUUUUAUUACCAUGAACCCAUCAGUUGUACAAAGAGCAUUUGGAGGCUUUCGGAAUGAGAGUGACAGAGAAAAAUUUGUGCAUAGACUAUCCAUGCUGAAUGACAGUGUCCUUUGGAUCCCUGCUUUCAUGGUCAAAGGUGGAGAGAAGCAUGUGGAGUGGGUUAAUGCAUUAAUCCUUAAGAAUAAAUUGAGAGUGCGAACCGCCUAUCCAUCACUGAGACUUAUUCAUGCUGUCAGAGGCUAUUGGCUGACAAACAAGGUUCACAUUAAACGACCCAGCACUGGUCUCCUUAUGUAUACACUUGCCACCAGAUUUUGUGAUGAAAUUCACCUGUAUGGAUUUUGGCCAUUCCCAAAGGAUUUACAUGGAAAGCCAGUGAAGUAUCAUUAUUAUGAUGAUCUGAAGUAUCGGUACUUUUCUAAUGCCAGUCCUCAUAGGAUGCCAUUAGAGUUUAAAACGUUGUAUGUAUUACAUAACAGGGGAGCACUUAAACUAACAACAGGGAAAUGCGUACAGCAAUAAAGCACAUGUAAAGUACAAUAAGAAGUACAGAACACACACUUCAUCAUAAAGAUGUUGUGGAAUGGCAAUGGGAUCCCAGUGAGGAUAUGUUUCGAUACCCACUAAGCCAUCGGAAAAAGGAAUUUUAUUAGAAGUACAUAACCAGCUAUUAUACCUGUAAAGUGCUAUAUAACAAGAGAUCUUGACUGCAAGGGUUCAAGUAAGUGCCACUUUCACUAAGAACAAAGCUUGAAUGUAUACUCAGUAGUGUUUACAGGAUCCAGUGACACAUUCAUCAUGAAUUAAAGAAGAAAAAUACAGCCUGCUUACUGCUGACUUGCCAAUGUGGUCUGACAGCCCACAGAAGUCCCCAGUGGAUGGAACAUUUUCUUGAGCAAAUAAACCAGGCUUUGGCAGAAAAGGUCAUGAUGCAAUUGAGUAGAGAAAGUGAAGUCCAUAAGAUCAAACAAAUCAGUAAAUGCCUUCAGUCAGAGGACCGUUUCUGAUCUUGUAUUAUAACCUCAGCUUUUGUUGCUGUUUUUCUUAUUGCUGUUCGUUGGGUUUUGUUGCUUUUAAGUAUUGGAGCCCUUAAAGGAUUUUGAGGAUGUUAUGAGUAAUUAAUAGUGUAUAUCUUACGGAAUUGUCUUAGGAAAAAAAAUCAUAAGGGUGGGAGGGUGAAGGGAAACAUCAAAUAUUUCAUCAAUUAUUAUUGUGUUGUGUCCUGCUGUCACACAACCCUUAAUGACCCAAUCAUUUUUCUAGCUACCACUGUUAAUACCACUACAUGGAACCACUCAGACAUCAUUUUGAUGCAUUUUUGAAGAAUUUUUUUUUUUUUUCUAUAGAGUUCAGAUUUGAAGACGUACAAGAAGGUGCCCUUAUUUUUGGUACCAAAGAUUACUCUUGCACACAUUUUUUCCUUCCCUUGAAGAAAUGGUGUAGAUUUAGUAUGAUGUUUCUUUGCUGCUGAAGGGAACAUAUUCUUUAUGUUAUUUAAAUCUUUGAAUUAAGCAUCUCAAAACAAAACUUCUUUACUGACUUUGCAUAUAGAAUUUAAUUCUUCAAAAAAAUCUGCAGGAGUAAAGAAACUUUCAUACAUUCAAAUACAUAUAGAUACAAUUUUUAUUCCUGAUUGAAAGGAAAACACAAAGUCUAAAAGAGCUCAGGUGGCAUUGGAACACAUCUAAAGAAAAAGAAAAAGAAAAAAAAGAAAAGACCUAGCCAAUUAAAUGGAAAAUAAAAUAACUGUAGAUCAAACAGUUCUUUUAAAACUUAAAUUUCUAAUGGUGUUGGAUGAUAUCUCUCUAAUAUACCUCUUUUGUAUCAGCUGACGCGUAAUUGACGGAAAUAACAGAUCUGCAUUGUCUCACA